AUGACAAUGUCAAAGCACACCCUCAAUUUCUGCAAGGAGCCCGGCUUGCCGCUUAAUUUCACGACUAUUGAUCAACCUUCUGUGGUUCCAGCUGGUUACAUUAGACAAGAGACUGGCCGCAGAGUCUUCUCGGCUAUCUUUGGGCCACCAACUUCAAAUUGCCCGUACCCUCCUUUCCCAUUGGAGGUUGACGACGAAUACAUCCAUGCAGCUCCCGUCGGACCCCAACCGGCGGGAAAGCUUUCGAAGCUAGUUGGCUUCAACAUCAAUGUCCGGAUCUACCAAACCGUGACCCCGCUCUCCACUAUGGAGCUAGCCUACGGUUAUUCUGGAAAUUCUUGA